AUGUCUAGUGUACAACAACAGCAGAAUCGAAAGCCUACAAUCUAUCAGGUCGUUCGGUUGGUAUUUGCCAUACUCACCUUUGCUACUGGUUGCUUGAGCAUUGUUUUUUCCCAAUUGCUUGUGAAUGUGAUAUUUGGUGGCGACGAGGGAUUAAGGACGCGUCUGAUCGGUUUCACAAAGCGCAAUUUUGUGAUUCUGAUCACUUUCAUCACAAGUCUUACAUGCCCGACCGAUCUCGAAUUGUCAUUUGAUUCCAACACAAUCUCGUCUAGCGAGGUUGUUGCCAAUGCCGAGCGAUCCUUGCUGAAACUAGAUACGAGCGCGAUUUUAAUUGCCAAUCACCAACUAUACACAGACUGGGUCUUCCUGUGGUUUGUAUCGUAUCUGAAUGAAUGUGCUGAGAACUUUUACAUCAUUAUGAAGAAGUCGCUGGAAAGAAUACCAGUUUUGGGGUACGGCAUGAAGAAUUAUGACUUCAUUUUUCUCAAUCGUAAAUGGGACCUAGACAAGUCGUACAUGAUUCAGAGGUUUGCGCAUCUAAGCUCUGUCAAGAAACAUUGGCUGCUCAUUUUCCCAGAAGGUACGAAUUUGAGCCCCAACACCAAACCAAGGUCAGAUGAUUUUAUGACAAGGCAGCAGCUCGAUUUCAAACUAGAUCAUGUGUUGUUGCCUCGCGUGAAGGGGUUGUACCUAGCAUGUAAACACAUGCACAAGAAGACGAAUCUUAUCCUUGAUUUCACAAUGGCUUACAGCGACCAUCUUGCGACAGAGUAUGCUCAGGACUCGUUUACUUUGCGCUCAAUUUAUUUGCUUGGAAAGGGUCCGAGGAGCUUGAGGAUGUUUGUCAGAGCAAUCGAUAUAAGAUCGAUUGAGGGAUGCACUUUCAAUGAGGAUGCGAACGACGACGAAGAAGAAGAGGAUAUGAGAAAAUUUGAACUUUGGUUGAACAAACUCUGGGUGCAAAAGGAUAAAAUGAUGGACAACUAUUACAAGACAGGAAGUUUGGUGGAAGGGGCCAAAUCAACCAAGAUUCCCCUGAAACUUCGGAGUAGAUUUGAGAUCAUGAAUGUGUACGUCAUACCCAUUGUUUUCUUUGUUCUGACCUGGCUCGCAUGUCGUUUGAUUACUACGUUGUUACGCUAA